GAUUAGCAGGAUUUAUUUAUUGCCAGAGAAGCACACACUGCUCAACAGUGUGACAUAGCAACUGCUGCUAGUUUGUACACACAGUGUAACCCUUCAGCAGAAAGCCUGUGUCUCUCUGACUCAAUACAUUUAUUUUCUUAUUCAUAAAAUCUUUGUAUUUAUUUUAUAUUAUGUUCAAGUGCUGGAGUGUAAGGAUUUAGGAUUAUCUUCAAAGCAAACUGUUACAUAAGGAGCAGAAAUGAACCACAGGUGUAUUAGUUGUGUCUAACUCAAUCGAACCCCUGCAUAGGAAACAUGGUCUUCUUUUUACUGUUCUGGUCAAUAAUAGAAAGGACGUUCAGGGGGAUAAUCGGCCUCUGGAGAUUUGUUUGGAAAUGUGCAUCUUGGUAUAUCAACACUGUGAAGGACAUUUUACAAUAUUUAUAUAAGCUGAACCCAGUACCUGCAUUAACAGCUCUUGCUUUAAGUAAAUCAGAAGACCCAAGCAGUGCAAUAGAGACAGUUACUGAUUCACAGCCCCUGCUUGGAAAGUCAGCUUUUAAAGAGAUAGAGUGUCUGAAGGAAGAGGAACCAAACUCGCACGACUGCAGUAAUCUAGCCCGCAAGAGACUAUUCAAAGCAGAGAGUGAAAUUCAGCUUCUGAAAUCUCAAAUCACCAAAGAAAAGGUGUUAUGGGAAGGCAGGUUUCAGGAGCUGCGGAGAAAACAGCGAGAGCUGAAGGAACAGCUCAGAUCAGAAGUGCAGAUGAGAACGGACAAUCUUUCUAAGGAGGAAAUGAAUGACAUUGGCUUUGACAGGUUUGCUGUGAAUACUGCAGAUAAAGAUGAAGUGGAUAUGGCAACAGACGAAGGUAGUUCUUCAAGUGGGAUGACAGUUCCAUGUAAAAAUGUAGACCUGGAAUUGAUGUCAUUGAAAAGUGAGCUUUGCAGGAAUCGGAACAUUUCCAUUGGCUCCCAGUCACAGAGAGACCUGCCUGAGAGCCAGCACUCGUUAUCCCUGCCUCUGAAAAGUGCCAGCUCCAGACCCUCUUCCUCUUUGUCAAUGACAUCCAGUUUAGGGUCGCCCAGAAGAAGCAGCAAACCUAACAGGGUGUUUGUUCCGCACUCCCACUUGGACCUGCGGAUCGGGCACAGAGUGAGGGUCCUGCUGCCUUCGGGCAGGAUCAACACCGGGAUAGUGCGCUUCCUGGGAUACCUCAAUGGCAUGCAGGACUUCUGCCUGGGGGUAGAGCUGGAGACUCCAGAGUAUGGACAACACGAUGGAGUGUAUGAGGGGCAAUGCUACUUUCACUGCAAGCCUGGCCAUGGAGUCUUUGUCAGCUUCAACAAACUUUUAAUGGCUUGGGAGUAAAGCUAUGUAAGCCUAUCCAAUAUACUGUCAGACUGGAUGCCUUUAGUGAAAAUCAGAAAUGAUUUAGAAGUACAGACUGAAGUACGAUGCUUCAUUACGAUCAGAUUACUACCCGGAUCAUACUGUUUUGUUGGAAUUAUGGCAGGAGAUGCAUUCAUCCUAUUGGGGUUCGUAGAAUGAAAAAAAGAUAAACACACUUCAAGCAGGAUUUCUUCAGAUACAAAGUACAUUGGUAAACAAUUAAUCUGAAAUGAAAAUGGAAGCAUUGGAAGAACAUUUAGACAUGCACUAAUAUGGGACAACUACAGUGUCCCCACAUGAAACUCAGAUCACUGGUUAUGGAGGUCAGCUUCAAAGACAUGGACAGCCCAAGACUGGCCCAGACAGAAAACGUCACCUAACGGAAUGUAGUUAGGGGUGGUACUUCCUGUAUCCAAGACUGUACAAUGACUGGCAUUUACGAGGACCAGUGUAAAAAAUGAUGACACUUCAUGGGCCAUCCUGGAGAACACCGUUCUCUGCAGAAUUCUGCCCUGAACUUCUCUGGUUUUUCGAAGUGAUACUGAAGGAAUAGUCAUGUAUCCCUUCAGUACAAUGUAAUCACCUUGCACGCCUGCAGACACACAGUCUUGCUCUCCCCAUAGCUGCCCUUUGGCAGGGUUAGGGUGUUUUUUAAUUUCUAACAGGGAAACUGCAUCAGAAACAAACUUGCAAAAAAACGCAGAAGAGGAAUGUCAAUGAAAACAAUAUCUAAAAAUAAAUUAAAAAAAAAAAAAAACUAAAACAAAUACUAAAAUACAGCAAUGGACACAAGUUACUGUCAGGUGCUUGGCUAGCAGAUACUUCCGUAUACAAGAAAAUAAAAAUGAAAGAAGUCCUUCAUAAAGACAGAACUCCACUCACAAAAGGAGACAGCUUUGGCAUUGUUAAGUGGUGAGUUUCUGGAAUGGGUUAACACAGAAUGAUUCGCUCAAUACAACAACGAGUCAGUUUAAUACUAAUGCUUUAUUAUAGUUAUAGAGAACAGCCAGCAGUGCAAGAAACAGAAUACAAUUCUUACCCCCUUGGAUAAUUCAGGGAGCAGUCUUUCUUCAAUAGUCCCUCUGAAUCUAACAAGAGGUCUAACACUACUCUUAUUUAGAGCAUUUGUUUUUCAAACUCAGCUGCUACUUCCUUUCCAUAACUUUCCUUUUGACCGCCUAAACCAGUUCUGCUGACUUACAUGUACUAAGGACAUAUAUUUACACUAGUACAAUAGACUAUACAAAUACAUAUACCAAUACAGCAACAACAAGGUACAUUUUCACUCUUGCUUACACAGCGUUAGAACAACAUAGAUUUUGUCUCUCAACAGCAUAAUCAGUCUGAGGCAUCUGGUACUAGUCUAUGGAUAGGUAACCAUACUUGCCAACAUUUGGAUAGCUAACUAAAUGUUCACACGUUCCAUUGGCUCCCACAUUAUACUCUGAAUCAUACAAUCAAAUUGCAGCACCAGGGAGGAAACAAUAUGCUUUUCCAAUAUGACUGGAUAUGAAAUAUGUCGAUAAACUGAGAUCAAGUCAUGUGCACACAAUCUCACACACAAUCCCUGCAAGGCAGUGCAGUGCACAAGGGUCAGCAGCCACUAAAGAAAGAGAAAGAAGAAACACUACGGCCGCGAAAGCGAACACCCUAGAGCUGUGAAGAAUUUCUAAAGGACUGAAUAUUGGGAUUUUCUUCCUAAGCAUCGGGAUGCAGGGCAUUUUGCUUGAAAAUCGGGACAGCCCCGACCAUAUGGGGACCAUUGGCAUGUAUGUAAACCUAUUACAGAAACUACUAUAGCCCAGCUGGGACAAUCAGAAGCAUGCAGGCAAACACAUGCUCAGGAACUGUGGAAGGAUAAUUACCAAGCAGUCAGUUUAAACUGUCAGAAAUCCCAGCCAGCCAUUUAUUAGCCCCAAAGGUCAUGAGUACCUUUAGGCAUUGAGCACAGCUAAGUCUUGAGUCAAAGUUAUGCAUAGUCCUUGAGUUUUAUGAUAAUUCUUUAAAUUAUAAAUUACUAAAUCAGUAAGGACUAACGUUAUUGAAGCCCACACACCAAUUAAAAUGCGCUAAUUCACUGCAAAGGAAAUAGAGAUAAUGCAAACACACUGCAUUUUGUUGUUAUAUUUUCUUUGGGAGAUGUGAAAGUAUGUUUCACACCUUUCUGACAAUGGUCCAAUAUUUUAUGGUUGCCAUAUUCUAUUGCUUUACUUUUACAUUUCCAAAGGUAUAGUUUUGCUCUUCAUCAUAGAGUCUUCAUUUUCUAAAGUACCUAGCUUGUCACCAAUUAUCUUUUUUGAAUUCCCCCUCAUUCUCUGUGACUAACUAGUAAAUACCAAAGAUGCUGGGUGCAUCUCAUUAUAAAACCCAUGGGUUGUAAGUCAGCAAUCAAGAAUCUAAAACCAUUAUCUGAGUUUAUUCUGUUUUACCUUAGAAAAGUGGAGUCCAACAUGUGCAACAUCCUCUUUGCUUUAGAAAUUUGGCGGUGAACUGAGCUAAAAACAGGUGUUAAAGCAAAAUGCAGGUGAGAUGCUUUACAAUGGCUAUGUGAUCCCUGUGGGGAUCGUUGCUAUAGAAACAAAAGGAGGGGCUUCAAACAGGAGAGAUAAGGUUUUUGCUUAUCCUUUGUCCCAAUGGGAUUAGGUGACAAGGCCUUUCUGAUUGCAUGAAGAUCCUAAAUCCACGAUGUGUGUGUCAGAGUCUUGGUUAUGAAAGAGGUACACAAAAUAGGCUUAAAAACUAUCCUUAAAAUAGUCCUUAAAGAGUUACAGAGCCCCCUGCAGUGUUUACAAGAAACACGUGACUUUACCUCUGCUCUAUGCUGUGUUGUCCACAUGGCAGACAUUUUUUCAACCUAUUUCCAGUUGUUUUGAUAUUUUUAUUCAUACAUCCAAUGUAAAUCAUCUAGGGAAUUCCUUUUGUUUGUUUGUUUUUGUUUUACUUUAUUCUAAAAUGGCGAGUUCUCUCGAGUAAAUGUUGAAAAAUAUAUUGCCCAGGUGAUUUAUGACCUCAUGAUGUGUGAGUAAAAAUGUCAACAGGGUUGACAAUAGGGUUAAAAAUAUAAUGGUGUGAUAUGGACCAUGUGACACAGCAAAGGUAACGUAAUGCCUAUCUUGUAAACUUGCUUUUCUGUAACACUUUCAAGUUGGGUUAUAAUUCACAUGGAUAGGAUGAUCAUUCACAAGGUAUCUUUUGAUUCCCUACUUCCAAGGAAUCUUUGAAACUCGCCACCUACAACAGGGAUCGAUUCCCGAGCAAGCAUAGAGACAAUCCUUUUAAUAAGUGUUUUCCAACAUUACCUCAUCCUAACCCCAGACCUAAGGCAUUUCAAGGAGAAGUGUUAAAGAACAGCAGAACGGUGUACUUUUUUAUUGCUCAAAAUCACUGCACACAGACAUGAACAAGUCCAAACAUAAAAUCAUCUUUUCAUCCUGAGCCUCAUUUGAAUAUACACAGGUGUCGAGAACGUGCUCAGACAAGACCAGGGCUCCCAGACAAACAUAGAGAGGUAGUGUUGUUGUAAAUGGCAGUUUUUGUAAGCUCUUGAGUUAACAUAUAGAAGACGAUCUUUCAUGCUGAAACGUGUGUUGGUUGUGUUCAAGUUAAAGUAUCACGUGGGGAUAAUAUUGAAAGCAGUAGUCUGCAUUGUAUUAAUAUUAUUAUUUUUAAUUUAAUUUUUUUUAGAAAAUGUACAUAGGCAGCAACUACUCAUUCAAAGAAGAUGUCUGUUUAAGUGUUGAGAGAUCAAGCAUAUUACUCAAAUCUACUGAGAGAAUCUCAUUGUGGGAUCUCCCUUGCAUUUAUUCAAAUCCAGUGAUAUAAUUUAAGUCCACAGAUUUUUUAACCUUGAGGCAUCCUCAUUUGACCUAAAAACACACAAUCAGAUGUAUAAUUAUGUUAUCAAUUUUACCCCGUUUUUUUUCUGCCCAAUUUGCAAUACCCAAUUCGUAUGUCACCUCAACGCUGCUACCAAUUACCAAUUACCAAUCACCAAUCAGGAGAGACCUCCAUUCACGUGUUCCAGCCAAUCAGCUCUUUUUACGUGCCAGGCCUAAUCAAAGCAACUGAACCCAGGCGACCCAGCCCUGAACUUGUUGUGCAUCUGACCAGUAGGGGUAACAGCAGAGCAUUGAGGUGAAGCACAAAGGCAAGUACAAGAUUAGGAACUCUGCACGACCAGGAUUCAAAUCAGCAAGAUCUAAUCGUAUGACCCACCCUGCCCUCCAGGGCAAUAGUGCCUUUACUGGAUGAGUAACAAUCGAAUUGUGCUCUUAUGAUUAAAAUGUAAGUAGAACUGGAGCCUAUGAUGGGAAGAGUGUUCCAGAGUCAAGGAUUUUAAUGAACUUGCAUCGUAAUAUUGUCACCCUUUAAUUUAUAAAGCACACGUUUCAUUGUUUAGAUCAUUGAGUGCAAUGCUUACAUCUUUGUCUUUGAUGUUACUAAAAAAAAAAUCCUGAAAAAUGAUUAGGAACAACUUUCUAUGCAAAUCAAAAACUGCAUCUAAAGUAUUAAACUGCUGAACUGUAUAUCGGUGUAGGAAUUGUUUCCCUUAUUUGCAUAUGACUACAUUACAGAAACAAGGAAGUGAUCAGAAUAAAAACAUACAUCCUUCAAGAUAGAGGGUAGCUGACUGUAAUUAUCAAUGCCGGCUUUUUGCCAGCACUGCAUAGUGUUUCAUUCACCAGUAUCUUUCUUCCUGGUACUAGUCCCUUGUAUUCAAAUUAUCUAUCUAACUAUCUCUCAUAUUGCAACCAGCUUACCAGUAUUAAAUGCAACAAUUUUGAAUAUUUUGUACUUUUCCGCAGGUUCUGUAACAAUGUGUGAGAAAGAUUUGUAUAGCCAACUAGUCCUCAAGUCUUCAAACAAGAAUACAAAAAAAACAUAUUCAGUAUUUUAUAUUGUGUACUAAAUAUAUAUGUAUAUUGUUUAAUAUUGCAACUUUCGAAAAUAACUAAUAAAUAAUUUGUUUUAUAUUUUCUAAGACUUGAAACCAGCUGAGUACAGUUUAUUCUGCAGGUUUCACAGGUAUAAUUUCCUUGUCAGGUGCCACAUGUUAUUAAGUUAAGUAUGACUACUUAACUUAAUAUUUUCCUUAAUGUAGAAAAAAUAAAAUAAAUGCAUUUUUUUUUCUGUUAUGUCACCAACCCCUUUAAAGACUGGAAAGUGAAUAUUUCUAUAAGAAAACUAUAUUUAAAAAAAAUAGUAUUCCAGAUCUAUUACCUCUUGUUAGGUUUGGUUAUGUUUAUAUAACCAUAAUGUUUGGAAUAUAAUUAACGCUCUCUGUAUAACAUGCACCCCUUAAUUCUGGGAGCUAUAUUGAGCUAUGUCCUGGUUGUAUUUUCAAUGAUUUGGACAGGAAAUAUUUACAGUUUUUUAAACUUUCAUCUAAGUGAUGGAUCAAUGAAGUAAUUUAUUUCACAAUAUACAUGAGCGCCUACUAGCAUUGUAACGGUGUGUGUUAUAAAAGGGUCCCCUUCUUUUAUAGUUAACCUAUUCAGGAAGUUGCCUAGGAGACAACACGUUAAAAUGAAGGGGGCCUUUUUAACUACUGCACCCCAACAAAACCGUGAAACUUCAUUGAUCCGUCACCAAUCCGAUGAAAAUGAACAUUUAAAACUACUGUUGCAUGAAACAACAUUAAUAUAUAGUACCACAUGCAGGGUGUGCGUGCAUGGAGUAUUCUGUUUAUAUAACAUGUACAAUCUAUCAAUCCAUUUAGGUAAUUAUUUUCUUAUUACUUUUAUGUACUAGGAUUACAUGCUUUAAAUGUGCCCAUUUUGAGACUGCAUAUUCCUAAUAAAAUACAAGGCUGUCAAGGGGCUUGCAACCAUAGUACAGUAAUUGUGCUCCAAGAAAAAAAAAAAAAAAAAAAUCCCAGUAAUCAAAUAUUUGAGUGUCUUUUAUGACAGCUCAUGGACCAUAUUUUAAAUAACCAAACAGAAAAUUAAUAUUUGUACAUGAUAUACUGAGUGCACACCCAUCUCGUUAAGUACAUAGGUUAGUGCCUUACAAUGGAAACAAAAUAAUUUUCUUUGGUUUAAUGACUUUAUUACUGCAAUUAUAUUAUUAUCAAGGUCUUAGCAAAAUGUGUCAUUUGGAUAUUGACCAUGCACGUUUUAGCUUAUUCUAAUACACACACUCCACACACACACACACAGGUAGAGGAGUGAUCUUGACUUGUCUUAUCAGUGCUUUUUAGAUCUAUGAAAAAGCUUUUCCAACACUAAAAAUUAGUACAUAUGCAAUAUUAUAAUUAUUAUGAAAAAUUAUUAUGAAUGUUAUUUUAUUUGAUCUACAGUGGAGCAUGCUACAUUACUCCUGUCUUAUUUUUAGUAGUAUAAUAGAUAAAAAAAAAAAGCAGCAGGAAGUGAAUUGCAAAAAAAGAAGCAUGUUUAUAUUGUGUAAUAGCCACUUGUAAAAACCACUCCACCUAUAUUCGAUAUACAUAAGUACAGUGUAUGAAAAUGAACAUAUCUGUCAACCUAAAGAAGCUGAAUUCGGGCAAUUGUUUUCCUUAUAUUAAGCUUAGCAUCUGCUUAGCAACAUGAUACAAUUAGGAAAAGUGCAGUUCACCCAGUCUGUGGGUUGAAUGAAUUUAAAGAUUCCAAAAUUAGAUCCGGUAAGAAAAUUUUUUGGAAAGUUUGUUUGAAAUGCAAACAAGGCACUGUUUCCAGUAUCCAGUAUAUAGAAUCCCAACGUCAGAUUAUUAAAAACAUGCUGCUGCAUCACUGGGUGGAGUUGUGGAGUUGGUAGUUUAAUAAAGGGUGCAGUGUUCACACAGAACAAAGGCAAGAUAAAGAUCAUUAUACUACACAGACUGUGUUGUUAAGAAUCACUGCCUAGAUAAUUAAAAUAAGGUCCAAUAAUAGUCGCUUUGACAAGUGUGGGGUUUUCUAAAUAUAGGUCAAAUAAAUUGUGAAAGAUUGAGGGUGGUGAAUUAGUGAACAGUUCUUAUACUUUGAAGUGUAAUCUCAAUAUAACUGUGAGUCAAGCAAAUGUGUGAAUUAAUCUCUAUGAAAUUCUGUACUGAGAGCUAGGGGGUUACUGCUUAAGUUCACUUUUUCUUUCUGCAGCGUCUGAAUGUCCUUUUCUACCUCUCUGUACUUGUUUUAUAGUCUGAGGAGGUUGCCUUAUGCCUGACAUCGAUAUGGGUGAAUGGUUGAUGCUGUUUCCCUAUCCAGUAAAAGCACUGCUGGCAUCUAUUGAUUCCCGCAAUCAGUUGAUGUAAGGUUGUUUUCCCGUUAGCUUUCUGUCAAUAAGUAGGAUGAACAUAGAUUGAUGCGUAAAUUAAAGCUAUUAGUGCAAUGUUAAUUUAAUGUGCCUCUUUGAAGGCUCUGUCAAUUACAAGGAACCUUAUCAUGCCGUGCUAAAAAUAAAGGUUGUCGCUUUUUGUAAUUAAGAAAACAAAAUAUUUUUUUCUGGUCACGUUUUUUCUAUGCAAUUAAAAUGACAUCCUCAUAUGAAAAUGGCCUUAAUGUUGACCUGGGAUACUGAGAAUUAUUACAAAGUUUUACACAUCAAUUGAAAGUACUCUCUGAUGGCUUUUUCAGAGUUUUGGAUUAUAGGUGUCUACAUCAAUGAUGGUAAAAGGUGAUGAAGCCUUUAUCAGAAUGUUACUUCGACAAAUAUCUUGUGUUUAUGUUUAUAGACGUGACUUGCUCAGUAAUAUACUGUAUUUCCAUUUAUUGGUUUAGAGCAGUGUUUCCCAACCCCUGUCCUGGGGACCCACUGUGUCUGCUGGUUUGCAUUCCAACUGGGCUCUCAAUUACUUAACUAGACCCUUAAUUGAACAGAUACAUAGCUUAAUUAGACCUUUUUAAUUGUUUUCAGCUCUUAAACAGUUGCAGAGUUGAAGUUACUUAUAAAAUGUUAUAGCUAACUUGAAAUAUACAACUAUUAAGAGCUGAAAACAAUUAAAAAGUUCUCAUUCAGCAAAUUAUCAAU